AUGAGGUGGAUCACUCUCAACCCACGAGUCAGCUUGAUCACGCCUCUUCCACUACAUUCAUUUCUGCUCAAACACAAGAAACAGAGGGCUGAGCCAAGAAAAUCCAAGAAAAGACAAUGGGAUUCAUGUGAUGAUGGUGAUGAUGAUGAGUGGAAUCCGGUGGGUCAAUCUCAACCCACGAGUUCCAUACGUGGUAAAAAAUGUAAAGUCUUACGAUCAAGGAAAAGGGUGAGGCAUGGAAGAUCACUGUUGGAUUGCCAAAGGGAAGCCUUGAGUAGUUCACAACAACAAAAUCAUCAUGUUGUUAUGCAGAGAGACAAUGUUUAUAAAGACAAUGACAACAUCUGUUCUAUAUGUCGUUAUGGUGGUGAAUUGGUACUCUGUGAUACAUGCCCAUCCUCAUUCCAUCUCAGUUGUCUAGGUCUUGAGCAAGUUCCUGAUGGUGAUUGGUUUUGCCCACCAUGUUGCUGCAAAAUAUGCAACAGACCAAAAUAUGGAGAAGAUUGUGCAGAUAAUGUGGAUUACAGUAUCCUCGUUUGUGAUCAAUGUGAGCACAAAUACCACAUUGGGUGCCUAAAGACUAGAGGCUUGACCAGUAACUUGGAAAACCACCCUAAUAAGAAUUGGUUCUGCAAUGCUCAUUGUGAGAACAUAUUUUUCAGUCUACAAAAGCUGAUAGGGAAACCAAUUCUCGUGGGUGCAGAUAAUCUUACUUUGAUAUUGUUGAAGACUCUGAAAAGUGAUAACCAUGGAGAUCUUACUUCUGAAGACCUUGAGCGCAUGAGUCAAAUUGAAAGCAAGCUAAGUGUGGCUCUUAGAGUAUUCCAUGAGUGUUUUGAUCCACUUAUUGAUGCUCUCACCGGGAGAGAUAUCAUAUCAGAUGUUAUAUUCAGCAGAGGUUCAGAACUUAAUGGUUCCAACUUUCGUGGGUUCUACACAGUGAUUUUGGAGAGGAAUGACCAAGUGAUUUCUGCUGCCACCAUAAGGAUUUAUGGUCAGAAGGUUGCUGAGCUACCAUUUGUUGCCACCAGGAGGAAGUUUCAAAGACUUGGAAUGUGUAGCAUCUUGAUGAAUGAGCUUGAGAAGCAGUUGACUCACUUGGGAAUUGAGAGGAUGAUCUUGCCUUCCUCUCCCAGUGUGAUAGACACUUGGACAAACUCAUUUGGCUUUGCAAGGAUGACAGAUUUGGAUAAGUUUCAAUUUCUUGACUAUACUUUUCUAGACUUCCAAGACACCAUUAUGUGCCACAAAUUAUUGAUUGAUUUGUGA